AUGCUAAAAUCAAGGAUCCAAUGUCAGUCUCGUAAAUUCCAUGUCUUAUCGAUAGUGAAUUCUCAAAUCAAAACUAAGCUUCGACGUUUCGAGGAGCAUGGUACUUUGAAAAGGAAGACAGGAAGAGAGCUGCUAAAUUACGAGCAGAAGAAACGAAAUAAACUGAAAAAAUUGCAAAAGACAGCAUACCCAAAGGACCAAGCUCUUCAUAUUCUUCGAAAGAACUAUUCUCUUUCUAAAGUAAAAAAUCUGGAACCUUUCAGGAUAGGGCCCACAUCCCAAUCGGAUUUAAAAUUUUUAUCCUUAACUAAAGAUAAAAGGUUAUUAUAUACUAUUCUAGGUGUUAAUGGUGAACAGUUACGAGAUGCCCAUCUGAUAAAUAAUGACGUUAAAAAGUUUCUACAACGUGGGCAAAUAGAAAAAGCUAUCUUCUUAACUAGGAUUGCAAAACAUAGAGGAUCAGCGGGCAUGAAUACUAUUAUGGAAUAUUAUCUACAUACUUUGAAACAAGCACAAACAGCAUGGGAAUUAUAUAAUUGGCGUAAGAAAUGGGGUAUUCCUUUAAAUGAAUAUUCAAAUACCAUCUUAUUUAAAGGGUUGGCAGAGCAAGAAAACCGAAUAUCUAGUAAGACUGGGAAUUCAAUUCUAAAAAUUAUUGAACAGAAACGGGAUAGUGGUGAAUUAAAUCAAAUUGAAUUUAAUGCAGCUCUUGGGGCAUUAUCAAAUUGUAUUGAUAUCACAAAUGUAUUCAAACUUUAUGAGAUGAAAAUAGAUGGUAUUAGACGAGAUAGUAUCACGUUUCUUUGGAUGUUACGUGCAUGUUCAAGGGUUAAGGCAGAAAACUUAUUCGUAGAAUUAAUCAAUGGUCUACUAAAGAAAAUACCACCUCGUGUCAUAGACGAGAAAUUACUGUUUGAGUUUUGCAAGGCUUUACAUUCCAAGAAAGAAUUUAAAGAUAUAAAAAAGUCAACAUUAUAUGCACUCAAUGAAUAUUUCGAGUUACCAGAGGAGCUUGUUAUUAAAAGGAAGCCGAGUGAGAUGAUUAAACUACAACCCUUGUCUCACUGGAAUAUUGCUGAACGCUAUCCACUAAACAGGCACGUUGUGGGUUUAUUUGUAGAGGCGUGUAUGGAACAAAAAGAAUACAGGAUGAUCAUCAAUUGGUGGCUACAGUUGAUAUCUGGUCCAAAUGAAAAUAGAAAUAAGCUACUUGAUCUUCCAAUUAUCCACAUUGUCAUGGAAGCACUUAUCCAAGGACAUCCAACUACUUGUGCCAAUGAGUGUUUGCAAGCGUUUGAGAUCGUUAAAAUGUUACCUUCUAUUCCGGCAUCUAGACACACUCUAAAGCUAAUGUAUAAAUCUUUUGAGAAACAGGCAAUAAGGUCAUACACAAACAAGGAAGAAGAAAGAGCCAACGAACUUCUUAAGUUGUGCCAGGGGUUUAUUACUAAUUCAGAGGCUCGAUACUCUGAGAAGUUCAAGGGAAAAGUUUACCCCAAGCAGGUAUGGCAAUAUUUAUUCCCAAUUAUACGGAACGUCAAUGUCUACGGCCUACUUACGAAACAGAAUACAAUGGCAAUUCUAACAGAGUUUCUGAAAACCCUAAUUAUAGGCGACUUUACGCAGUAUGAUGAUACGGAAAAGAUAAAGUCUAAACAAAAGUUCCUGUACCUAGAGGCUAGCAGAUUUAUUUUUGCUAUUUUUGGUGGAAUUAAAAUUCCUGAUUAUAACUCUGAAAAACAAGCUUAUACCAAAGAAGAAAACGAUCUCUUUCAAUUGAGACGACUUUUAUUAAAAUUGAGGGCUACGCUGUUAGAAUUUGUUGAACACUUAGAGAAAGAGAACAUAACUAGUUCUCAUUCAAGAGAAGUUGCCAAUAAGUUAUCUCAUAGAAUAGACGACUUAGCACGCACUAUUUAUACUAAACUUGUAGCAUCUAAGGCCUAA